AAUGCCUGUAAUGUAAUGUAAUGUAAGUUGCUAUGUUGAAACUACAACGGUUGUCGCGUGCAGGCGGGCUAGUAUGGAAACUUGAGUGGCGGUUGCCAGAAAGCGACCAUUGUUGUAGUUUCAAUAUAGCAAUUUGUUAGCAACUUACUUUUUAAAAGCAGGUAACAGCUUCGAAAUGCAGGGUGGGUGAUAUUGAUUGGUGUAAUUUAUCUCGUAGAACAAAACGUGGAGAUCUCUUAAGUUCACGUUCAGCACAGACUUUAUUUUCGGCAACAAAAAAAAAAAAAAACGAAAUCCCUAUGGGGAAAAUGCACUGGAAAUCUGACGAAGGAACCCAUGGCUCAAAAAAGGAAUUAUUUUUGGUUUUAGGACUACAAACUGUAACACAAUUUAAUCGCUCUAAAAACGGCUGGUCUGGAACUCUUUGUCGUGGUCCCAGUCUAAUCUAGAUUUUAGCGUUCGCAACGCCACCUAGAGGACACCAAAGUUGCGUAUUACGUAAACCAGCUGCUGACCAGGUUUUACAAGAUACUGGGGGCUUGUUCAUACAGUUUUGAAUGACAGCACGGCAACAACCGAACGCUUGGGAAUCAAAAUGAGACAUGCUGUCAUGCCCAUUAUCUUUCAGAGGCAAAUAUACUUUCCAGAGAAAAAAUAUUUCACAUUUCCAUUCGCCCGCGCCGGAGACGUGGGCUCCAAAGCUACUCCCUCUCUGUGAAGUUUAUUUCAGCUUCGGAAGCAAAACGAGCAAAUUAAUAAUAUUAAUUCGGCUAAUGCAACGGUCGACCCUUCCAUAGCAUGAUUCCGGAAUGACGGGGCGUAAACCGGAGUCGCAAAUACGCAGAGGAAGUUGCUCAGUUUUUGGCUACAUUGCAUACAUACCUAGCGCAAUAACGAAUUAACCACAUACUGCUACCUCGAGCAGGGUAUGCGAUUAUCGUGAAUAUCGGGCAAAUCUGAAGUGGCUUUGCGUCUGCGAUUUUAGAUUUUUAAUUCAGGUAUUGCGCCAUUUAAAUUCGCCAGCGGAUCUACAGUCACUCAAAUAGCCUACGUUUGCGUGUAGUCUCUCGUAAGACCUGGGUAUUGUUGCAGAUCAUUACUGAAUUAAGAAUUCAAGACCUUAGCAUAAAAAAGUUUCCUUGAGAAGAAAAACAAUGAGCGCUCCGUGGGAUCUCGUCGGCACACCUCUGCACCGCCUCCACACCCUGCACAGGGACGCCAUGGCAGCCUACAGCCUGGACCCCCGGCCGGACUCCCUGUUUGGGGGCCAGUGCCCGAGGGAGGUGCUGCGGAGUGGGCGCUACGUCGCCCUGGAUACGGGCGGAGGCGAGGACCUUGACGGGGCGGGGGCGGGAGACGGCGAGCGGCUGCAGGACGCCGUUACCGUGGUUACCGCCGCGCUGGCGCAGAGCCGGGUGCUGAGGGUGGCGGGCCCGGCCGGGGCGGGGAAGUCCACGGCGGUGCAGAAGCUGCUGGCGGACUGGGCCUCUGGGGUGAGGCUGACCCGCUUCGCCUUCCUGUUCCCGCUGCCGCUGGGGGAGCUGGGCUCUGGGAUGGGGCAGGGAGGGUCCGGGAUGGGGGAGCGGGGGUCCGGGAAGGGGGAGUUGGGCUCUGGGAUGGGGCAGGGAGGGUCCGGGACAGGGGAGCGCUCUCUGGCAGACCUGCUGUCCCAGCAGCACCCCCACCUAUCCAGCACCUCCAUGGACCUGGUGUUCCAGAAACCUCAGGCCCUGCUGUUUGUGCUGGAUGGGCUUGACCAGGACCAGGACCAGGCACCCCCCUGCAGUGACCCAAACCAGCCAACCCCUCUCCCUGGAGCUGCACCCCCCUGCAGCGACCCAAACCAGCCAGCCCCCCUCUCUGCGCUGGUGUCUGGGCUGCUCAGGGGCACCCUCCUUCUGGGGGCCUCUGUGCUGGUGACCUGCAGGCCCCCGGCGUCUCUGGAGCCCCUGUCCGAAAGCGAGGGGGGGCGCGUGGAGGUGCAGGGCCUCUCUCAGGAGGGCAGGGGGGCGUACCUGCGCCUGUUCUUCCCUGACCCGCGGGAGGCCGCCCAGGUUCUGGAGCACAUGGAGGAGACGCUGGGGUUCUGUUCCCUGGCCCGCCUGCCCGGGUUCUGCUGGACCCUGUGCUCUGUGUACCGGGAGGCGCGGGCAGCCGGACGGGCCCUUCCCAAAACGCUGACCCACGUGUUCGCCCAAGCCACCGCCAGCCUGUUCCAGCGGCACGCGGUGGGGGCGGAGCCUGCCGCCGCCCUGCUCACAGGGCUGGGCAAGAUGGCCGCCGGCGCGGUGCUGAGCGGCGCCGGGAGCUGCUCUCGGGAGGAGGUGGCGGCCUUCGGCCUCCCGCCGCCCCAGGCCUCGGCGCCGCUGCGGGACUUCCUGCGCCCGCGCUCCUGCUCCUUCCUCUCGCCCGAGCUGGCGCAGUUCCUCCUGGCUGUGGCCUACCACCGAGGCUGCUGGGAUAGGGGCGGCCUGCCGGACCUGCUGGAGCUGGCCGCCGGCAAGGCCGACCUCCUGGAGCUCUUCCUGGCGGGGCUGUGCGACCCCUCCCAGAGGGCACCACUGGAGGGCGCCGUCGGGAAGUUCGACAGUGACCGCGCCCUGGAGCUCACCGCCUGGCUGAAGGAGAUGACCCAGGAGGCCGUGCAGUCCUACCACAAAGAGCGCCACCUGCGGGCCUUCCGGCUGCUGCAGCAGCGGCAGGACGCUGCUCUGGCGGUAGCGGCCGUGGGGCCCUCCGCGCGUCUGGGGCUCAGCUACGGUGGCCUGAGUGUCCAAGAUUCAGCGGCGCUGAGCUACAUGGCGACGUGCUGCGGGGAGCUGGAGCAGCUGAAUCUGUACUGCACUAAAAACCUGUCGGAGGAGGUGGCCCGUCGCCUGCUGCCCGCCAUCAUCGUCGCCAAGAAGAUCAUUCUGACCCAGAGCACCCUCUGCCCUGGGUCCUACGCCCCCCUGACUGCCGGGAUCCAGCGUGGGGCCGUCCGCGAGCUGGACCUGUCCUACUGCCCCAUGGGAGACCGCGGAGCCCAGAGUCUGUGCGCCGGACUGGUGGGGAGCGCUCUGCAGAUACUGAGGGUCCCAUGCUGCAGGCUGACGGAGGUGAGCUGUGGCUACCUGGCGAGCGCUCUGUGCUCCUCACAGCUCCACCUGCUGGACCUGCGGGGGAAUGACAUAAAGGAUGCAGGGCUGGUACAGCUGAGCCAGUCACUGAGGAGCCCCCAGUGCCAGCUACAGGAGCUGGGGCUGCAGAUGUGUAAGCUGACGGGCGUGUCCAUGGAGGCUCUCUCCUCUGCGCUGUGCUCUGGGAGCUCAGUGCUCAGAUCUGUGGACCUGAGGAACAACGACCUGAAGGACCACGGCCUGGCCUGCCUGUGCACCGCCCUGAGAGACCCACACUGCCCCCUACAGGCCCUGUGUGUGAUGGACUGCGAUCUGACGGACGCUUGCUGCGCUGACCUGGCGGACUCCCUGCAGACAGCAGGGCGCGCUCUGACGGAGCUGGACCUGUCCGUUAACGAGCUGGGGGACGCUGGGGUCAUGCAGCUCAUCCGCACAUUCAGAGCAGGACUGCCACAGAAGUACCAGGAGCACAGAGCUCAGAACAGCAGACUGCACCCCAAGGAAACUCAGGUACCAGAGAGAGUGAUUCAAUCUAACCACACAGAGCUCAGAACAGCAGACUGCACCCCAAAGAAACUCAGGCUGACGCGCUGUGAGCUGGGGGGGCAGACGUUUCGGGAGUUGGCGGCUCUGCUCCGGACCCCGGGCUCGCGGCUGAAGGAGCUGGAGGUGGGGCUGAAUCAGGUGGGAGACGCCGGGGCCACACACCUGUGGGGGGCGCUGCGGGACCCUGCCUGCACCCUGCAACACCUGGAUGUGGAGAUGGUGGAUUUGACGGACGGGUGUGUGGCUGAGCUGUGUGCAGCGGUCAGGUCCAGCGGUCUGAAGAGUCUGGUGCUGAAAAAUAACCAGCUGACCGACGAUGUUGUUCCCGCCCUGGUCGCCAUGGCGAAGGACAGCCGCACCCUUCGGGAGCUGAACCUGCAGUAUAAUGACUUCAGUGAGGAUGUGUUUGAGCUGAUGGACGCCUGUGGGAAGAUAAGGUACUGAGAGAGACUGCCCUUCCGCCUGCUGGACCGUGCUAUCCACCGCCCUCUCACUCCUCUGGAGAAACACUGCGUUUAAAAUGGAUGACUUCAUACGCAUCAUCACGGCUUUACAUACUGGGUCCUGUACAGGUCCCCUCUCAGCGGGAGAGACGCCAUGUUCUCUGCUUCUGUCUGACU